AGAGGGCGGGUUCCGCUCGGCCAACUGCAACGACCAGGGGAGGAAACCGGUGGUCGCCGCCGCCGCCGCCGCGGCCCCUCCGACUGCUGAGAACGGGAAAGGCCGGGCGCGGAGCCGGAGAACCGAAUUAGGCACGUACGGACGGGACUUCGGAGGACACCGAAGGAAGGGGCGGGGCUCCCCUCCUCCAGGACUCAAGACUUUCGGAGCAAUUAAUCCGGUGCAAAUCUUUCGCCGUUUCCUCCUUUCAGGUCGUUGGGAGCGGGAGGAGGGGGAAGGUAGAGUUUGUGAUCGACUGUAAAAGAAGAAGCAGAAAAAGGCAACACCGGCACUCCAGGGAUCCUGUGGGGGUACACAAAUAAACAGAUAAACAAACCAACAGAGGACUUUUGGCGCCCCUGGAUUUUGGAGCGGGGGAGGGGGGCCAAGAUGCCCAAAUCGUUAAAGAGGCAGCCCGAGCCUCUGUGAAGUUGUGGUCGAAACUGCACAUCCCCGCUCCGUACCCCCCCCUCCCCGCGAGAGCCCAAUGCUGUUGUCUGCCGCUUGGCUGUCCUUCUGUCACUGGAAUGCAGCUGGGCACCCUUGCCAGCCGGAGCCCCUCAGUGCCAGGCCGAUCCCCCCCUGGUAGCUGGAUUUAGAGGAAGUCCGGAUUUUGAGGAAGGAGGGUCCGUCCCUCCUUCGGCCCCAGGCGGGUGGCCCAUCUGGGGGAACCUCUCUAAGGAUGCUGGCCGGAUGGAGAGAGCUGUCUACAGGGAUAAGUGCUAUAUUUUGUUGCUUCCUCUUCUUCUGGCUCCUGUACUCUCAUCCACCCAAGGAAGGAAAAGAAUUGGAGGUAGGAACGUGUGAAAUCACAGCCCUGGACAGAGAUAUGAGCCAGCCCAAGAGGACGAUUGCCAGGCAGACUGCUCGGUGUGCCUGUAGGAGGGGCCAAGUCGCUGGGACCACAAAAGCAAAGCCUGCCUGUGUGGAUGCCCAGAUCAUUAUCAACAAACAGUGGUGUGGCAUGGAGCCCUGUGAUGAUGGGGAACAGUGCAUGUUGUUAAUAAAUCGGUCAGGGUGGAGCUGCACUAAGCAACUGGGACGAAUAAAAACUGUCACGGUCUCCUGACAGUGGUAGUAAAUCUGCCUGUAAGAGCUGCUUCUCUACUUCCUGUGUACUGAUGCCACAGUUCAGGAGUCAUCUCAUCAUGGGACAGAAAGUGCAAUCAACUUCUUCAAUAAAGGUUCAAUUCCAAGAAUCAGGACAUAUCCCAUCUGUAUUUUCUCUGGUGCCUGCACAUGGGGAAGAGAGGUUGCCAGAACAGCAUACUGCGGUUAUAUGUGUGAAAUUGUCUUUUCUUUCUGCCCUCUCCCCACUUCAAAAGAAAGUAUGUUCUGGCUUACUUUGUGGGUUUUUAAUCUGAAAUAUGGUUUUCUGUAGACUUCCUUUUUCUCUUUCUGUGACAAUGGAGGAUUUACCACUUGGUACCCAAAAUAUUGAUGGGCACCCUUCACCUGGGGAGGAAUGACUGCCUUCUGGAAACAUAUGGUUGUGACGGACUGAGGCAGUUCCUAAGAGCCUAGGAUGCCCUCCAGUUGCUAUGAAGAAAGCAUUAUCUUUUUCCUGUGCCUCUUCCUUUCACUCAUUCCCCUACCCUCCAAGGAGGUGAGAAAAUGCUAAAGAAAACAUGUCAUCGUUGCCACUCCAGACCAGCAUCUGCUUUGCAUACAGAGGGAAAGAGUUCACCAAAGGCUUGGAACAUACUAUAUGCCACUCUCCAGUAAAAGAUCCUUGCAAAAUGGCAGGGUGAAUGACUGGGACAAAAAUGUGUAUUUAAUUAACUUCUCUUCCAUUUGUGUUUACAAGCUUUUUAUUUAUAUCAAUUCACUGAUGGCAUCUGCCCAAUCAACUGCUGAAAACAAUUCUUAUUUGCCAAUAAUCAGGGGCAGGCUCAUAAUUAGAGCAACACUGAUUUAAUAUGAUGACUUACACACCAUUGUUAGCAUAUUCUGACUUGAGGAAGGAUUCUUGGGAUUGAGCUUUCAUACUCGGCUUUAGAAAGCAUAAACUCCCAUUGCUUUUUGUCUUUCAGACCAAACCUAUUAGCUUGGACUGCGUUGGAAAUUUUUGAAAUGGUUGGUUUUUCCCAGAGCAUAGGAUGGAGCCUUUGAAACAGGUUCAUCUUUUAUUAAUGCUCCUUUCACUAGAAUGAUUAGUCCUUAAAACAUUAUUACUCAGGAGUUAAAAGGAGCAGUUUCUUCCACAGUUGUUAAACUGGAAGAUACCACAUUACAAAAGGUAAAGAUUGAGACAGUGUUUUGGUGCUAAUGGAUACUUGAGACAUGCUGUCCACACUGGCUCUACUUGACUGUGGCCUGCCAUUGUGACCAUUGGCAACUAGGGGCAAGAGGUAUGCGUAUGUCAAGAGAAUGUUAGGUGUCAGAGUAGGUUGAUGUGGUUCUUCAGAGCCCUGCUCUACUAAACAGAGGUUCCAGAAUGCCAAAUCAUGCGCCACUAAACCCCCAAAAAGGUUGCCAUACGUCAGAAUUGACUUGAUGGCACACGAUAAUUAUUAUGCAUUCGUCACCACAGGCUGGUAGCCUUACCUGUUUGGGGGUGAGGAAGUUCUAACUUCAUACUCUGGGCCUGCAUGGUAAGCAGUGUGCUUUCCCAACCUAGUUUUUACGUAUCACAGCUGUCUGACUAACAAGGGAGUUUCUUGCCUUUAAAGCUAGAACACUUGCAAUUUGUUUACCAAGGAGGCUCACCGGUGAGUUUUUGUCUGUGCUGACCAUCUGCCCUCUUGAUUUCAAGUCUUCCCUGACUUAGCAACAAAACUCCUUUAAAUUUUUGCAUUGUGUUGUGUCUGUCACUCACUUCUGGUAUCUGAUUAAAAAAUAUUAAAAGCCCCCCCAAGACCUACUGGUUACUACUGACCAAGGGUUUGAGAAAUAAUGCUGUAGAAAACUCAGCCCUCUUCACAUGUAAAUAUCAAAACCUCAGAAUUCAACCUUAUUUCGACAUCCCUUUUUUGUGUCAUUGUGAAUUGGACUUUUAUGUUUUGAGGGCCUUUCCCACUGUAAUCAAUUCCCAAAAUUUGUGACAUAAGAAAAGGUAAGGAAAUAAAAUUCUAACUUUAUUAGUCAAAGAGGAAACCUCUCUAUCCUUCCUGUGUCUAUGGGUAGCAUAGUUCCUUUCACA